AUGCUGUCGAAUAUUCGUCAGCCGCGCUCCUCUUUUUCACCCCUCUCCUUUUCGCAGCCUGGAAACGCAUCUCAGCCCUCAACGAAACAUCCAGCUACCCGUCUCCCUGUCUCUUCCCUUUCUUCUCAUUCUUCGCUUUCUUCUUCUCAUUCUUCUCUCUCUUCUUCUCUCCCCCUUGCGAGUUCUGCGUCCUCGCCAGCCAAGGACGCCGGUUCUUCGGGAUCCUCUUUGUCUUUCACCUUCUCUUCCUUCUCCGGCUCUCUGUGUCGGACUGGACCGGAGGGGAUGCUGGACCGCGGCCGUUUACCCGCGUCUUUGAUCUUCUCGGAGACGUCGCGGAACUCCGCCAGUCUGCUGUCUCGCGUCGCGCGCGAAGAAGAGCCGGCUGCUGCGGCGGGACCGCUGAAGAGGAAGAACGAGACGCCUGGAGUCUUUUGUCCGAAGAAACGCGAGAGAAGGGCGGGGGCGUCGGAGACUGCACCGCAACGCAGCCCUCUGGAGAGGGAAGGGACAAGCGCUGGGGGUCUACACGAGCACGAGAGGCGCGAGAAAGACUGCCUAGACAGCUCAGGCUGCGAUGCAGGGACGCGAACCGGUUCGAGUGUUUCUUCGCCUUUCUCUGCGCAUCGAUCUCUCCCGCCCCGCGCCUUCCCCUAUCCGUCCCUCGCGUUCGCCCCGGGAAUGUCGACGCGGGAAAUCACGCGCCGCCAACAAAAGGCUCUCUGCUUCUUUCUCCGGUCUAUGGAGAGACACCCCAAAUCGACAAAAGGCGUGUCGCCAGCCGAGACAGAGCCCGAAAAAAAGAGCGUCCCCAGCCCCGCUGCAAGAACCUCCGAUGCCAGCACUGCCUGCUCAUCUUCGUAUUCAGCGUCUGCCUCUCACCCUUCCGCUCUCACUUCCUCUCUCACUUCCACUCUCACGUCUCUUCCUUCUCUUCCUUCCUCUCCUCUGUCUCCGUCUUCGCGGUCGCUGUACAUGGAUGCUCGCGACGUGACGUUUGUGGUGGAGCAGAAGAGAGACGCGCGGCUGACGCCGCAGGCAGCCCUUUCGCCUGCGUUGGCCUCUCGACGCGCAAAGAUUGUCGACUGCGUUCUGGAGUGGGCUGCCGAGUUGCAGACUUCGCGGAUGCUGCUGACGCCCGACGACGUCUCCAAGUCUGCCGUUCAACUCGCUGUCUCCCUCCUCGAUCGCUCCAACAUCCUGACUAUCUUUGACGAGAACGGCGCGAAGGCGUCGGCGCCGAGCGAGGCCGCCGUGCAGAAACGCCUGGACCCGAAGGAAGAAGAUAACACGAGCAAGGCAGAGGACGCGAGCAAGGCAGAGGACACGAGCAAGGCAGAGGACACGAGCAAGGCAGAGACAAGAGGGAAUGCCAGCUCCAGUCUGGGGGGAGCGGGUGUUUCGGAAGAAGGGCGCAGCAGUCGCGAGAAGGGGGUGGAUCGGAAAGAGAAUGACGCGCCUGGCGAUCAAGAGGCUUCUCUGGCUGCCUUUCCUCGGCCGCGGGUUUCGGGCGACGAUCCGCAGGCGCUGAAGACGAUUGCGGCGUUGUGUCUGUGCACGGCGCUGCAGUUUGACACACCGAAUUCGAUGGCUUUCGAGAGGAAGGCGAAGCGGCUCUUGGCGCUCUCGCAUCUCUGCGCCCACACCUUCAACCUGCCUUUUCCGGAGGUACAGCGGGCGUUUCUCGACCGCGUCGGCUGCGUCGUGUCGGUCCCUGUCCCCAUCGACUUCGCGAACUACUUCCUGUACAAGUUCGACGCGGCGUAUCUGCGGAAGAAGGGGAACGCGUCGUCCACGCAGCUCGUCGCGUUCCUCCUGGACUGCUUCGCCCUCACGCCGCAAGCUGUAUGUACACCCGGAGCUCUCGCGGGCGCGGCGGCGGUCCUGCUGGCGAGGCGCAUCUGCGAGAACAAGAAGGACCGGAGGGAACGGGAAGAAGCGAUGUGGACGACGGAAAUGAAGACCAUCACCGGGUUCGAGGCGCUCCAAGUGAAGAAAGUCUUGAAAACGAUGAACGCCUUCCUCACUUCGAAACGCGGCCGGUUCCCCGGCCUGCACAAACUCCACACGAAAGGAUGGGCGGCGGUAGAGUGGGAACACCCUGCGUCCAAAAGCAGAACAAAAGCGGAAAAAGAAGAACGCAAAAGCAAAAAGACCGAGGCGGAGAAACGCUGA